AUGGCCGCCGACGUCUUCAUGUGCUCUCAGAGCCGGCCCCGCAGCCGGGGCCGCGCCGUGCUGCUGAAGCCCCAGGUGCCUGAGGACGACGACGACUCUGACACGGAUGAACCGUCCCCGCCGCCCGCCUCCGGCGCAGCCACCCCGGCCAGGGGCCAGGCGAGCGCCGCGCUACCGCCGCCCAAGGCCGGGUCGGGCCGCGAGGAGGCUCCGCGCCGCCAGCAGAUCAUCCACAGCGGCCACUUCAUGGUGUCGUCGCCGCACCGGGAGCACCCGCCCAAGAAGGGCUACGAUUUCGACACGGUCAACAAGCAGACGUGCCAGACCUACAGCUUCGGCAAGACCAGCUCCUGCCACCUGUCCAUCGACGCCUCGCUCACCAAGCUCUUCGAGUGCAUGACCCUGGCCUACAGUGGGAAGUUGGUGUCUCCGAAGUGGAAGAAUUUCAAGGGCCUGAAGCUCCAGUGGAGAGACAAGAUCCGGCUCAACAACGCCAUCUGGCGGGCCUGGUACAUGCAGUAUUUGGAGAAGCGCAAGAACCCUGUGUGCCACUUUGUCACUCCACUGGACGGCUCUGUGGAUGUGGACGAGCACCGCCGUCCAGAGGCCAUCACCACAGAAGGAAAGUACUGGAAAAGCCGCAUAGAGAUUGUGAUCCGGGAGUAUCACAAGUGGAGAACCUACUUCAAGAAAAGGCUCCAGCAGCACAAGGAUGAGGACCUUUCCAGCCUGGCCCAGGAUGAUGACAUGCUUUACUGGCACAAGCACCGGGAUGGCUGGAAGACACCAGUCCCCAUGGAGGAGGACACGCUGCUGGACACGGACAUGCUCAUGUCGGAAUUCAGCGACACCCUCUUCUCCACACUCUCCUCCCACCCGCCCGUGGCCUGGCCCAAUCCACGUGAAAUAGCGCACCUGGGGAACGCAGACAUGAUUCAACCUGGCCUGAUCCCUUUGCAGCCCAACCUGGACUUCAUGGACACCUUCGAGCCCUUCCAGGACCUUUUCUCUUCCAGCCGCUCCAUUUUUGGCUCCAUGCUGCCUGCACCCGCCUCAACGCCUGCACCAGACCCCAACAGCCCACCUGCUCAGGAGAGCAUCCUGCCAACCACUGCUCUCCCCACUGCAAGCCUUCCCGACAGCUUCAUCGCACCCCCCGCAGCCGCUGCCCUAGACCCCACGAGUGGGCAGGGCUGUGAACACCCGCCCCAGCCUGGGGACCCCUUCAUCCAGCCGGCAGACCUGGGUCCCUCGGCACCGCCCCUGAGCGUCCCCCAGCCUUUCCUGCCCGUGUUCACCAUGCCCUUGCUCUCGCCCAGCCCCGCCCCGCCACCUCCUUCCCCCGUCUUGCCAUUAGGCCCCCCUCCCGCCACUGCCCUGAACCCCCCAACUCCCCCCGCCUUCCUGCAGCCCCAGAAGUUUGCUGAAGUCAGCAAGUCGCCCUCCGUCAUCACCCACACAGCCUCCGCCACCCUCACCCACGACGCUGCUGCCACCACCUUCAGCCAGAGCCAGGGCCUCAUUAUCACCACGCGCUAUCCGCCCCCCUCUGGGUCCCCCUAUGGCCUGGCACUGUCUCCUGUCACCCGGCCGCCAACCGCCGGGCCUCCCCAACCCCGUAUGACUUUCGUGCAUCCCAAGCCCGUCUCCUUGUCUGGGGGGAGGCACAAGCAGCCCCCCAAAAUAGUGCCUGCUCCCAAACCAGAGCCGGUGUCCGUGGUGUUGAAGAAUGCUUGCCUCGCCCCAGCUGCCUUCCCAGGACAGCCGCAGGCAGUGAUCAUGACAUCUGGCCCUCUGAAGAGAGAAGGAAUGCUGGCUUCCACCGUGUCCCAGUCCAGCGUGGUCCUCACGCCUGCUGCCCUCACCAGGGCUCCUGGAGUCACAGAGUUCCCCAGCGGCAUCCUGGUGACGGACCUCGGCCCUGGCCCGGGCAGCCAGCACGCCCCCGUGUCCCGGCUCUUCCCUCCUAGCACAGUGCCCGACUCCCUGGUGAAGGGCGAGCAGGGCCCGCUGCACGGGGGCAUUGCCCAGGUCCCUGCCGCGGGCGCCAGUCGGGACUGCCCGAACUCAGGGCAGGCUUCUCCGUGCACGUCUGAGCAGAGUCCCAGUCCUCAGUCCCCCCAGAACAACUGCUCAGGGAAAUCGCCUGCAGACCCCAAAAACGUGGCUGUUUUAAAGAACCGGCAGAUGAAGCACAUCUCAGCCGAGCAGAAGAGGCGCUUCAACAUCAAGAUGGGCUUCGACACCCUGAACAGCUUGAUCUCCAACAACACCAAGCUGGCCAGCCACGCCAUCACGCUGCAGAAGACUGUGGAGUACAUCACCAAGUUGCAGCAGGAGCGCAGUCAGAUGCAGGAGGAGGCCCGGCGGCUGCGUGAGGAGAUCGAGGAGCUCAACGCCACCAUCCUCUCCUGCCAGCAGCUGCUCCCUGCCACGGGUGUCCCCGUCACCCGGCGCCAGUUUGAUCACAUGCGAGACAUGUUUGACGAAUAUGUGAAAAGCCGGACCCUGCAGAAUUGGAAGUUCUGGAUUUUCAGCGUCAUCAUCAAGCCGCUGUUCGAGUCCUUCCAGGGCGUGGUGUCCACCAGCAGCCUGGACGAGCUGCACCGGACGGCGCUGUCCUGGCUGGACGAGCACUGCUCCCUGCCCGUCCUCAGGCCGACCGUGCUGAACACUCUCCGGCACCUGAGCACCACCACGUCCAUCCUGACAGACCCGUCCCAGCUGCCCGAGCAGGCAGCAGAGGCCGUCACUAGAAUCAGCCAGAGAGCUGGGGAGUCCUAG